ACGCGGGGUGUGGAGCUGAGCUAAGGCUGCGGGGCUCAGGCUGAGCUGAGUGCAACCUGGUGAGGUUGGCACGCGAAGGACAAAGCCCAGCAGUGAUGGGACAGGGACUCUGCAAGUGGUUUCCGUCAAUACACACAGUGUGCGUGGGGACGCAGGAGGCCACCAGCUCGAGGGAGCCAGCAUGUGUGCUGUGUGGCCGAGUGGAUGACGACUCCAGCAUCCUUGGGUGCAAAGAAGAGCACAGUGGAUACUAUUUCCAUAUGUAUUGUGUGAAAGCUGCCAAUGAUCUUUGUCAACCAGGAUCAGAUAGUGACAGUGCAAGAUUUUAUUUACACGACCUGAUAAGCACAAUGAGACAGGCAGAGAAGAAGCUCUGCUUCAUUUGUGGCAAGAGGGGGGCCUUCAUCACCUGCGCGGAGCCAGACUGUAACCGCAGCUUCCAUCUCCCCUGUGCCUCAGAGGGUGAAUAUAUCACCCAGUACUUUGGAGAGUUCAGGUCCUUCUGCUGUGAGCACCGCCUGCAGCAGGCAGUGGAGGCAGUGCCGGAGCAGGACACGACCUGCAUUAUCUGCAUGGACCCCGUAGGUGAAAGCAAGUCAUACAGCACCAUGGUGUGCCCGUCUUGCCAACACGCCUGGUUCCACCGGGCAUGCAUCCAGGAACAGGCCCUGUGCGCGGGGAUUGACUGCUUCCAGUGCCCCCUCUGCAGAGACAGGGACUUUUUUAUUGCAGACAUGCUCGCCAUGGGGAUCCGAAUCCCACUCAGAAGACCAACAUGGGAGGACGACGAUGCCUUUGCAUCCCUGGGAGUUAGGUACCAGCACUGUGAUGCCAGUGACUGCCUUAAUCCACACGGCAGAGAUUGGGAAGAGGAAGAAGGGCCCUGGGAGCUGCUCCUCUGCAGCUCCUGUGCUGCACAAGGGACUCAUCGGCGCUGUUCCUACCUGAGUCACAGCACAGCCGAGUGGGAGUGCAACACCUGUGCUGGAGAGGGCAUCGACUCCAACACAAAUUUGGACAGUGCUGGACUCAGCACCAUCACCCAGCAGGAACCAGGGCCAUCCCAAGGCUCCAGCUCCACCAGCCAGGCACCAUCAGGGUCAGCUGACUGUUCCCAUGUGCCUGCGAGCAGCAGCCGGUCCAGCCAGCACAGGACGGGCCGGAGGAGAGUCCUCCCGCAUUUAUGCCGGGAUGAGAACACCUACAAUCAGCCCCGAGGAUGCCGUGGGAGCUGCCGUAAUGCUGCCCCAAUUGCUGGGAGCAGCUCCCUAAACUCUGCCAGGCAUAGGACAUCAGAGUCCUCGAGGCACUCCCCAGAACUUGGCUACAACCGCUGGUGCAAACAGGGACUGCGGGCCCGGACACGAAGCCGCUCUCCGUUGCAGCGCUGGGCCCAAGGUUCUCCAAGCCAGCCCCAAACACGCCGUGGGAGCAGACAGGCACCAACACCAAGUGCUAAGAGCUGCACCCACAGCUACACCACACCGAGAGCACCGCGGUCCUCAGGGGAUUCCACAGCGGCUGAUGGAAGCCGGUCCUGGCAGCCAGGGCGGGCGCGGACUCGAAGCCGCUCCCCUCUUGAACAUCGGUCUGCAGAGAUCCACAGCCAGCCCCAAAGACGCCGCAGGAGCCAAUCCAGGCAGCGAGGGCCACCCCGGGGGAGAAACCGCUCCCGGGUACCACGUCGGGCCCAGCACAUCCACAGCCGGCCCUAAUGAUGCAACAGAAACAGUUGUG